AUGUCCAAGUCGAGAAUGCCACUGAUGCUCGGCCUCGGUGCCGCUGGUGGCGUCGGCUACUACCUGUACAGUGCCGGCGGCAACCCCAAAGCCGCCGAGAACAAGUUUGAGAGUGACAUGCACAAGGUCUCCGCCGAGAUCAAGUCGCAUCUGCCCGGCAGGUCCCCCGAGGCCGAGAAGGACUUGAAGAAGUUCGGCGCCGAGACCGGCGCGAAGAUUGAUAAAGCGUGGGCUGAGGCCGACCGGCAGGCUGGGAAGCUCAAGAGCAACGCCGAGGCUUAUGCAAAGGACGCAAAGGCGGAGGCCAUGAAGGCCGUCGACAAAUUCGAUUCGAAAGUCGAGGAGGGCGCUGCCAAGGCCAAGGGCGGCAUAUCAAGUUGGUUCCGUAGUGGGAACAGCAAAUAA